UAUAUCAUAAAUACUUGUUGCACAAUACAUAGGUGUUUGAAAUUUGUUCUGUACAGGAAUCAGCAGGAAAGAGUAUAAGCAGGCUGUAGAACAAGGGCUUGACAUUCCUUUCAGGUGUAUCCCCUGUCUUCUGCAAGAACAAAAUGUUAUUAAUGAUGCAUCACGAGACGACACUCAGGAAAUGGAGCCCAUGGACGUCCAACUACAUGAUGACCUUGAACCUGAGCCUUCACUUGUUGAUCUGAAUGAGUCUCUUGAUGAUGCCACACCAGAGGACACUCACGAAAUGGAGCCCAUGGACGUCCAACUACAUGAUGAACCUGAACCUGAGCCUACACUAGCUGAUUUGAAUGAGUCUAUUACCAUUGAGUCUGAACCCGAGCCUGAACCUGAGCCAGAGCCUGAAAUUGUCAACGCCAACGACAGUAUUACCAUUGACACACCUUUUGAGCUUCCCCAAGAGAUUGUCGAGAAUUCCAUACAAGAAGCGCCACUUAACACGUCGAUCGUAGAAGAGCAACCUGUGGUCUUCCACCAUCUCCCAACAGGUAGCAAGCACGGCAACCCUAUCGUCAUCAGUACAGAUGGAUACUCGUACUCAGUCUUUAAGACGUUGAAGAAUGGCGGUACAAUCUGGCGAUGUAGUGUCAGGAACAAGAAUGUGAAGUGUCAGGCGAAGCUCACAAGUAAUGGCGACAAGUUUGCUCGAAACAGCACCAACCAUUGUCAUCCCGCUGAUCCAAGUCUGCUGUACAAGAAGGAAAAAUCUGUGAAAAUCAAGGAAGACUCUUCAAACCAUCUGUACCACUCCGCUAUGGACUUGGCGAGAACUGCUCUUUCUGACAGGGGUACCCGCCCAAACCUGCCAACAGCAGAGUCCCUCCAGAGGAAGGCCAACCGUCACAGAAAAAGCCAAAGACCGUCAGAGCCAACUGACCUGGAGUUUGCAGUGAAUCAAGACUAUCUGAACUGCGGGGACUACAUCAUAGCCGACCUGCGUGUUGACAGGGAACGGCACAUCCUCUUUUCCACACCAAGGCAACUGGAAAUACUACGGUCAACCAACCGCUGGUUUAUGGACGGGACCUUUAAAAUUGUAGACAGACCAUUUCGCGGAGGGCAGCUGAUGUCAAUCCAUGGGUUCAUCCAAUUUGAUGGAAAGAUGAAACAGAUUCCACUCCUGUUUGCUCUCAUGUCUCGGCGAAAGAAAGAAGAUUAUGUGGCGGUACUGGGUGAGAUCAAAUCAAUUCUGGGGGCCUAUUCAGUGGAAGGCUUUGUGGUCGACUUCGAGGCAGGAUCCUGGGGAGCGAUAAGACAUGUCUUUCCAGGCGUUGAAAUUAAAGGAUGCGUAUUCCACUGGGCACAGUCUGUGUGGCGCCAUGUACAAGCAGUGGGGCUUGGUCCAGCCUAUAUGGAGCGCAAGGACCUGUGGGAUUAUGUCCGCAAGUUACUUGUGCUUCCUUUUGUGCCGUCUAGUCAGAUCGAACCUCUUUUCAGGAACCUCGCGCAGCGUGCAAACACAGAACCUCUGAGGAAACUUGUCAAUUACAUUGACUCAACCUGGAUUCAGUCUUUGACCUUCCCAAUACAGAGUUGGUGUAUAUACGGGUUACAUGUCAGAACCAACAACGAUGUGGAAGGCUUUCACACACGUUUGAAUGGCGUUUCUGGUGGUAGAUCACUGACAUUCUACAAACUUGUACCUGCACUCAGAAAACAAGCACUUGAGGCUGAGUUGGACAUUGACCAGCUGGUUGAUAAUAGUGUUGGCAGACGGCAAAGAAACCAGUAUAGGGAAUGUGACAGGAAGAUUUUUGAUGCCUGGAGAAAGUAUGAGGCCAAAGAGAUCAGUACAUCGGGACUCUUGAGAUUAGUGAGUAGGUUGUACGGUGCGGCUGAAUAUAAAGUAUAGAAAUUGUCUAGAAUCGUGAAAUCUCACUAGUAGGAAGUGUAUAUACUGUUUAAAGUGAAAUGGAAUUUCUUGGCAAUAUUAUUUUAGUUUUGUUAUUUCUGUCUGUAUAUUCCUGAAAAAAGUAUUAAUGAUUUAGAUGCAUAUUAUUACAUUUUGGUGAAAUAAAAAGAAAUGUAUAAAUUUAAGAUUGUGUUUUGUUUAUUCUUAAUAUUUUUUUUAUUUAUCAUUUUUUGAAAUUUAUUUUCAAAGUUUUUUCUGUCUGAUUAUUCUUGAAAAAAUU